UCGUGUUCUGUAGUGGUCAGAUUUGUUGGCUGGCUAAAGCGCAUGGGUGCGAAACACGCUGUAGUCGGCAGCUGCCUGGAGGAAGAUUGAAAACCCUAGAAUUGUUAUGUUUGAGGGAGAGCGAUUGUGUCUACUGGACAGGGUAUGUGAAGGCUGGGAUGGUUUGGGCAUGACUUGGGUUUUUGAUUUUGACGUGUUGAAUCGAAUUGCUUGAAGUGGAUAUGGGUUUGGAUUUGGCUUUGGCAGUAGAGGCUGCGCAUGAUUUGUUUGCUGAGAACUAUUGUAAAUGGUGAGCAUUCAAUGUCAAAUCAUGUAGAGAUCUUUAGUAAAUUGCUUUUUCUUGAUUGUUCUGACCUUGCGAUUCCUGAGUUUGUUAUGCCCAAACCAUCACCACCUGUGUUGCUUGUCACUUCUGCAUGUCAUUAUACAGGUAAUGAGAAAAGCCCCAGUGGAUGGUGUGUAGAUGGGCAUACCAUUUUUUCGAAGGGGAGUUCAACUGCUUUUCCUCUUGGAGUGAGUUACACUAGGAUUGUGUGUUUUUCUGACUGGCUUUCUAUCAAUGCCAAAAAACUCUGGAAUAGAAGAAAUCGGUACCUAGACAUUUUUUGUACUUGAAUGCUGGUCCAUAAUACAAGUGUAUUCUCAUCAGGAUAUUCUAUCUUCGCACGGAGGAAACAGAUGUCUCUUGUUGAUGCAAUGUUCAGAUACUCAAGAUCCAGGUUCUUAUAAUAGGCACGUACCGGAGUAACCGAUUGACACUGCUUCUUCCAAAUAUAUGGUAUUUACCCCACAAUUCCCGUUAGAAUAUGAACUUCCACAUGUUAAUACUUCUGAGUGAAACGUGCAGAAAAGAGGGUGAGAAAGUGCACAUCUUUAGGAGGAAUCAAUUUGAAGUUGAGCCAACUAUCAUCGACCAUUAUACAAUCCAAUCCCAGUUCUGGAUUGCUCUCCAUCAACGAUAUACAGAGGUUGUUCACUUAUGCAAAACGCUACAGGCAAUAGUGUGAAGCUUCCCGAGUAAAAACAGAUCUUUGUCGUUAGAACUGAAGGACGCUUUGCGUUCACGGCCAUAGAUGGUAAGUUCAAAGCAAAAAUAGCUCUGUCCGGUUCGUACAUGUAAUAGCAGCUGUAUGAACAGAUUUCACAGCUACUGUCCACAACUUGAUUCUGGUCUCCACAGCUCAUUUGGGAGUCAUGCAACUGCCUGUCCACUAAAAGCUUCGGAUCAAAGUAUUCAAAGACAGCUCGAGGGGCCUCCAAAGUGCAUAUAAUCAAUGUGCAGUGUCCUAUUCCUGUCCAUUGUAAAGUGUCAGAUUUUUUUGUGCAUGUGCACGUUGGCUCAUGUCCCCACCGUGUUCACCUAUAUUCGGUUCAUUAAGCGAGACCCAAAUCAGCUCCACAAAGAUCUACGACCUCCCAGUUGUGGUGCCCUUCAAGGCUUCCGUCGGUGCCGUUUUGCACUUGACUGACACCCCCAAAAUAAGAAAGAAGGAAAAGGAUAUCUGCCUUUCACACCACUAGGUGUUUUGAGGCCCUAUCCCCCUCUCUUCUUCUUCUGUUUUUUUAUUUUUUUCUUCGCCAGGAGAAAGUAGUUGGGGAACACCACAUGCUCUUCUUCGCCCUUCAAAACUCUCACCAAACCCCACCAGUCACCAGGCACAAGACGACAAUGGAGCACCCCACAAGAUGACGAAGGAGCACCCACAAGACGACGAACCCGAAGACCUGCGGCGCGAUAGAACCUGGUUCUCAAUCCCAGUCAAGAGGCGUGCGGAGCAGAAGAAUGUACAGCGAGGGAACAGAUCGAUGGAGCCCCCACCGAAGGUCAGGAAUUUUUUAUGUGCGUGCCAGGCGAUGAUAAGUGAUCGGUGACAUGGUGGGUGGCCAAUCGCUUCUAUCCAUCGAGAUGCGAGGAAUCCGUUGAGUUCGGCCUCGGAAAAGAUGGGGAUACACAGAAUGGUCGAUGAUGAAUUCAGGUUUGGAAUUCAGCAAUUCACCUCCAUACUCAUUCCAUCCCCCCCCCUUCCCCCUGGGUGAAGUGGAACCUUGAUAUCGACCAAAAUGUUCAACACGGAAAAACGAAAGUGUGAUUUGUCGCAUUUUUGGAUGAUGAGUCUCGGUCUCCUGCGGAAUUUACUGAUAUGGCCACCAGAGUCCCGAAAGGAGGUCGGGAAGCGCGGGGAAGGAGAUUGGGUGGGGACUGGAGGCCUUGGUCAAUGCUAGAAUUCGUUUAGCCUGUACUAGGUCAUGCUAGAAAUACUUAAACCGCCUUUUCCGAAAGGUAAGAACGUGUGCGAAUCGGGACAAACUGGGACUUGUGCUCCGAGCAGAUGCUCUUAAUAUCACACCCAGCAUGUGGGGAACGCCAACAGUAGUGCGCUUCUUCUUCACUGCUGGACUCUGGUUUCCUUAUUAUGUUGCGGUCUCGGUGGCCACAGACAUUUGAAUAUAGUUGUAGCGCCGACUGAAUCCGGCAGAAGAGAGCUGCAUCGUAGAGGGAGGGCGAGAGAGAGAGAGAGAGAGAGAGAGAGUGUGUGUGUGUGUGUGUGUGUGUGCGUUUGCCUGAUAGGAAUGCUUGCUCGCAAGUGGUGCGAUUCUUUAUCUACUUGGCAAGGUUCGAGUUUUGACGAUUGCUUUUGAAGGUCGGGAAAGAAUUCAAGUCAUCCUGCGCUGCAUUACUUGGAUGAGUAGGAGCAGUACCUCAGAACUCCGCAAUGCAUUUGAAUUUAUUGCGCUAGGCCUUUUGAUGCUCUCGCAAAAGGCUUUGAGCUCUCUCUCCUCUGCUUGAGGUCUGCAAGAAUAUUUAGGCAAGCUGAAGCAGGUUUUGAAAAGAGGAACAGGCAUCAGUAGACUUCUUCUGUAUGAGGUGACCAAAUCGCCGUCGUCAAACUGAGUUCACACCCUGAAAUGCACAGUGAAGUCACAAUGCCUUCCCUGGAUCAUCAUCAUCAUGUGCUAAGGGAGCUGCAGAGUUUGUUACAACAACUAAGAUGGACUUACGUAGCCCUCUAGUCUUUAAGUCAGCAGACCUUGCAUCAGACAAGGUUUCCUUCAUGCUCUGAAAUUGAAUGAAAACAAUAGAGUGUAACAGAUUGAGGCUCUGGAUAGCUGUGACUUAUCUCUAGUGUAACGAGUGGAUAUACUCAAGUGAUCGGUAUCUGUACAUAAACGACGUGCUUUGUACUGAAUUUCUCUUCUCUUUCAGCGUCUACUUGUUGGUUGCGACUUGCAGUUUGAACACCAGGAUGAUUUUCGCGUGCAACAUGAUUAUUCUGCACAGGAACCUCGAAUGGAGAGGGGGACACUUCAACGUAGGUUCAAGAGCAAUCACAAGCCAUGGUGACAGAGAAGUUUCGAAUGAACACAUCCUUAACUCCAUGUACAAGUCCUGCACAUUCACUCCCAACUUUGGGUCUGUUGGAACAGCAUACGCAGAGGGAAGACAUAUUUGGUUGAACGGAGCAGCAGUGCACCUAUCUGCAGGAUCCACAGAGCAGGCCCAGUUUUUGCGGCAUGCUGGGAUUCAGACUGCGAUAUGCAUCCCCUGGUCCGACAUUGUGCUAGAGCUCGGCACAUGUGAAAAUGUGGCUGAAGAUCUUAAGCUGAUGGAGCGAAUUCGCAUCUUCAUAACCGAAAGAAUACUUCCAGCACUUCUCGGCACCUCUCAAAGUCCUCCAAAUUCUCCCCCUAUUGUUUACAACAUAGGAUCUCCUUUUUCGUCGUAUAGCUCCAUGGGGCAUCUGUCAGGUGAUUUGAACUACCAAGAAUUUGACCCAAACUCCCUGAACCAGCAGAUGAGAAGAUUGACCAAAGCCCCCACAAGUCUGAACACGGUAGAAAUGGGCAGUGGAUCGGACACAGACUUACUCCUAGAUCCUGCACUGUGGACAAUUCCUACAACAUCAAAACCCACUUGUGGCAUACUGCAGUCUCAGCCUGCAGACCAAAUGCCUCCACAAUCCAUACCAUGUAGGGGUCAGCAUAGGUCUCAGUCUGCUACCACUUCUACCAGUGGGAGUAGCUUAGAGGAUCGAUUCAAUACCAGGCUUUCUGAUAACUCCCCGGAGCAACUUCACAUGUCUCAGUGCAUGACGUCCAGUGUGCGCUGCAACUCCAGUCCGAAUUCACGCUCACUUCCAAGAGGAGGCGGAUCACCUCACAGCCCUGAAUCGAUGAAUGAGCUUCAUGACACCAACACAGACCCAAUAACAGCUUUCCAGUCACUUCCACAACAUGAAGGAUCUCAGAAAGCAUUCAGCUUCAUGCAAAAUGAAGAGGUGGAGUUGAGCACUCAGGAAGACUUGCAACAUGUGUACAAUCCGUCUCUGAAAUCUGGUAAUGCGAGUGAAAGAAACUUGUUGAGGUCUUUUGCCAGUAUCCUAGCUGAAGAUCACGGUGAACAGCCUGACUCGAAGUCAUGCCCACGGGCACACGUCCUGGCCCCAAUUUUCAACACAAAUUUUGACGGUAGUAGUCAGAAGCUUGUGCGAAAAGCUGUUGAAAUAAUGAAACAAAUACCCAAUUUACAGCAAGGAAUUCAAGCGAGUGGAUCUGCUCCACCGAACAUUGAACAACAACAGCCACCGUUGGCGUCUUGCUCUAGUCCGAAGGCCUCGAAAGAUGCUGACGAAGCGCGUGAUCCAUUUGGACAAGAUGCACCGUGGAGUGGUCGCAAACGUCCUUGUAGGGGAUCAAGGAUUCCAAGAACAGACCAAGUACAUAGAGCUCAUGGUGAAGCAGCCACAAACCAUAUGUUGGCAGAGAGGCGUCGCAGAGUGAAACAAAAAGAAAACUUCAAUGCUUUGAGGAAACUGGUGCCCAUCAUUUCUAAGGCAGAUAAAGCAUCCAUUCUAGGCGAUGCUAUCUUCUACCUCAAGGAUUUGCAGAAGCAACUUGAAGAGCUAGAAGCAAUUUCAACUCAAACAGAGAAUCAAUACAAGAUUUUAAGAUCGUCUUACAACAACCUGCAGCGACAAAACGAGGAGCUUGAAGCCAUUGCAAGAAACGAUGCCCUUUGCCACACGAUCCCAACAAGGCUGAACUCCUGCUAGUCCUUGGAAAGACCACGUUUUUUUCAUUUGUAAAGCCCCCCUCCAUUGCAACUUCCAUUCGUGCCUAGACCGAGUAUAGAUCAGCAGGUAUAUCAACAAGUAGCCACAACGAUAGAGGAAAUUGUGAGGCAUUAUUCCGCCCCGAAGUUCCUCGAAGGUCGAUUCUCCUGUAAAUGCAGAAAUAACUUCGCUGUCACAGUAGGGAUCAAUUACUAAACAUGAGAAGUGAUGGUGCAUCGAGUGUUGCACACAAGUAGGACCCACAUCAUUUUUUCAACUCUUGUAUUCUAAAGCAGAUUGGAAUACGAAACUUCACUUUUGUUGUCUUA